GUUGUCUUUGGCAAGCAUGAUGUGUGCCUCUGUGUAAGACAGGCCCUUUUGAAUCCAGGAAGUCCAGGAAACACCCAGCCUUGAUAACAGCUUUGAGAAUGCUGGGAGCAAAGGUAAAAGGACAGAAGCAAAAAUCCACUCCAACAUGAAGAAUCCUUUGACAAACUGCUCAUAUAAUAAAGUGUACAAGGACCUUAAGGAAGCUUCUCAAAAUGGAGAGAAUUUCUGCAAACAGCUCACAUCAAUCCUUCAGCAAAGGGCUAACCUAGAGAUUAGUUAUGCCAAAGAUCUCCAGAAACUGUCAAGCAAGCUCACCAAAGUACUCCAAAACACAAAGAAAAAUUGCAUUUGCAAUACCUGGGCCUAUGCAUCUGAGAACAUGAAAUCGGCCGCUGACUUACAUCAGAAACUUGGCAAAGCAAUUCAGUUAGAAGCAAUAAAACCAACUCAUCAAGUCUUGAGUGCACAAGAAAAGAAGAAAAGGACACUGGAUAAUGAAGUUGAAAAAAUGGCAAAUCUGGUCAUUAACAACUGGAGUCAGCAAAUUAAGGCCAAGAAGAAAUUAAUGGUAGAAACCAAGAAGCAUGAAGCUCUUUUCCAUUCCGUAGAAAGCGCCAAGCAAUCAGUGACUGAGAAGGAGAAGCGGAAGCUGCUCAAUAAGCUGAAAAAAUCAACAGAGAAGCUGGCAAAGGAAGAUGAAAGUUAUUACCAAAAAAACAUAGCCGGUUAUGUGACCAGACUCAAAUGGGAAGCCACUUUACAGAACUGCUAUCAGAAUAUCCUAGACUUGGAAAAGGAAAGAAUCCAACUAUUGUGUAAUAUCUUAAACCAGUACAAUGAACAUGUUUCUAUUUUUGGACAAGCUUUGACCACUGGUCACACCCAACUUCACUGUGCCAUCAGCAAGAUUGAUAUUGAAAAAGACAUUAGGACUUUAAUGGAAGAAACUACAAUUUCAACUACAGAAGAAAAAUCUGAAUUCUUAUUAACUGAUUACUUUGAAGAAGAUCUCAAAAAUGGAAUGAAUAAAGAGAGACGAAAGUCUUCAAUAAAAUCGAAAUUGUCAAGACUGCAAGAGGAUAUUGAAAAAGCCUCAAGAAACAAGGAAGGUCUGGAACGAAUGAUCAGUGUGUAUACAGCAAAUCCCUCUUUCUCUGAUGCAAAGACUAAAAAAGAAACUGAAGUGCUAAUGGAUGAGACAAGCCUGAAACUAGAUCUUCUGCAGGCCAACUUCUUCAAAUUGUCAUCAGUAUUGGCUGACUUGGAGCAGAAACCUAAACCAACACAUCCGUGCAGUUCUUGUAUCUCUAAGUGGAAAGAAAAGGAUCAGAUACAUAGUUCAGUAAAAAUAUCACGUCCUUUUAUGAUGAAGAGAUUAGAGAAUGCUGCAAUUAGGACAUCUUCCAGUGAACUGUUGAAUAACCCAGGAUCUCUAUCCUUAGCUUCAGGAACUACCAGUCUUGGUAAUGGUACAUGCAAAGCCUUAUAUCCAUUUCAAGCCAGACAAGAGGAUGAGUUAAAUUUGGAAAAAGGAGACAUCGUGACUAUAUAUGAAAAGCAAAAUGAAGGUUGGUGGUUUGGAUCCUUAAAAGGAAAAAAGGGCCAUUUUCCUUCUGCAUAUGUGGAAGAGCUUCCUUCAAACAACACAAACUUGUCUUCAGAGUCAUAGCAUUAAAAUGUAAAUUUGCCCCUCCAUACACUCAGCUGACAGAGGAAGUUAUCUUUUGAAAAUGGAUGACUUUUCAGCUUUUCACAACUCUUUGAAGUUUUGAUUAUUUUUCUUGAAACAGUAAAAAAGCAUGGUGAGAACUCCACCUUAGACAUCAUCUAAUUCAAACUCCUCAUUUUGGAAAAAGUUAAAUGGCUUGACUUCGAUUUCAGGACAAAGACAAAGAAAGAGAAGAUAUUACAUAAAUAGGGUCAGAAUUAGACCUGGGAGGAACAUUAGAACUCAGCCCUUUCAUUUUACUGAUUAGAAAACUAAAGGCCAGAGUGACUUGUUAAAGAAUAGUAGAAAGCAAGCAUUUAUUAAGUACCUACUUUGUGCCAGGUAUUGUUAAAUCACCCCCAUUUUACAGUUGAGUAAACUGAAGGAAACAAUAGUGUGUCCAAGAUCACACUGCUACUGUCAAAGGCUGGAUUUGAACUCACAUCCCUUUGACCUCAGGCUCAGUUCUCUAUAUACUAUAUUUUUCAUGGAGCUCCAGGGUUCCAAAGAAAGUUAAGCUGGGAUGAGAAACCCAGUCCUCUAUUUCUGGUCAGCUUCUACUCCAAUCCAUUUAUUAAAGGACUUACUCUUGACAAUUGUCUUUUUGAUGGCAGUCAGGUGGUGGAUAGAAUGUUGGGCCUGGAGUCUAGAAGACUCAUCCUCCUAAAUUCAAAUCCAAUUUCAGACUCUUCCUCACUGUGUGAUCCUGGGCAAGUCACUUGCCCUGUUUUGCCUCAGUUUCCUCAUCUGUAAAAAAGCUGGAAAUGGAAAUGUCAAACCACUCCAGUCUCUUUGCCAAGAAAACCCCAAAUGGAGUCAGGAAUGGGAUCAUGUCAGACACGAAGGAAAAAUGAUUUAACAACAACAAACUUUAAUUCUGUGCAAAGUGCUAAAAGCCCAAGAUUUCUGUCCAUUGGAAUUAUGCAAUGAAAAGAAUAAAGACAGCUUCUUCAAGCAGCCCCAUCAUAAAGACAGUCGGUACCCUAAGAAAGAAAGUAGUGGGAUUGUUCUUGAAGCCUACAGGUUGAAUGGUGAUAAUUGGUCUGAAACUUUGGAAUGUCUCAAGGCUAAAGAUAACACACAUCACACAUUGAAGGCCAACAAUGAAAAUGUAAAGGUGUAUUUAGUUCUGAACUGCUUCCAAAUAGGGAGACCUUCCUUUGAGAAUGCUUCAGAUACAUAGGAUUAAAUCCUUCCUCAGACAUGCUUUAACUGGAUUACCCUGGACAAGUCACUUAAGCUCACUGUGCUUCAGAAAAAAUAAUAUAAUAAUAGUAUCAACCUCAUAACGUUGUUGUGAAGAAUAAAUGAGUUAACAUUCCACCUUAAACUGAUAAAACAUUUGCUUUUCUCCUUAACUCAUGAAGAGAAAACUUUAAGGCUUGCACAUUAACUGUGCUCUCUGGUAUUAUACUUAUUCAGUGGGGUAUAAAUAGCACAAGGAUACAGAUAUGAAAGCCAAAGGGGCCCAGGCUACAUUUGCUAGGAGAGGCAUAGCUUAUAAUCUAAAAGAAAAGAGCAGAAAGUUUAAUUUCAACCUUGACAAUGCAGUAGGGGAAGCUUUUUGCACUUGGAAUAUUAUCUAAGUAAUAGGCCAUUAGGCCAUGUGGGACAAGAGAUUUUGAAUUCAUAUUUCCUUUUUAUCUUAUUGCUUUCCAUCAAGACAAGAUAUGUAAAAAGGACUGUAACAAUUGAAUGUAGCUUACAAAUGAACCAUUUCAUAAAGUAGAAUGUUUGGACCCUGAGACUAUCUUUAAGGAUAAUCUGCAAAGAAAAAGAAAGACAUCCUUUUCAUUGGCAAACCUAUUUUCCUUUGUAAAAAUGUUGCUGACUUUUGUAUUUUGGAAUAUUUUGGGGAAAAUCCUUUGUAAAUCUAUGAUUUAUCAUGAAAAAUAUUUCCAAGCGAAACUACCCUGUAAGCCAAAGAAAAGACACAUCUGGUAAGUAAUAAAGAAUUGUUCAUUAUCUGCCCAGUCAGUUAGAAUGGUUCCUGAGAGAAUGGUCAGGUGAUAUUGAUGACUAGUAAAGACAGAACUAUCCAUUUAAUAAAAUACUAAUAAGCAAGGAUGAUGAAAUAAUAUAUAUUCUAUGCUUCUAUGCAGAUUAAAAUUAUUUUUACAAAUAUUAAUGGUUUUAAACUAUUAAUUGAGUUUUUAUAAUGUGCUCCAUUAAGCAGUUCAUUAAGCCAUUAAUUUUUCAGCUCAUUAACAGUUUGAAAUAUGAACAUUAUAGAACAGAGCCAGAAUUCCAUUGUCCACAUUAAAGAGAGUGCCUCCAUUUUGUCUCUGACCCACUACAGUCAAAGUCAUUCUUUGACUUUGACAGUCUUCAUUCUAUCAAUCAGGAAUCGUUCUAAUUACUGGUAAUUGCCAGCACCUAUAAUAACUCUUAAACAUAAAGAUGGUAUAGAACAAACUUCAAAAAUUGCAUCAUCGAAGAUUAAAAUAUAUUCUGGAUAAUUUUAAUGUCAUAUGUAUUUUAUUGUCUUAUAAUUCUUUGAAAUUGGGAUAUAGGAUCCUUGUGGCCAAAAAAAAAAAAAAAAAAAAAAAAGCAAAAAUACUCUUUCAAAAUCAUGAUGCUUUUAAAAAUGCUCCAUCUAGUGAGGACAAAGAAGUAUCAACUGUCCAUAAAACUCAAAUAAAUUAUUAUUUAUUUGUCUUCUGACUAUAUCCUGGAGAUCAGUGUUUGGGAAUGUAAUAGAUCCUGAUGGGGUGAUAUACAGAGAGCUGGAUUUGUGAAGAAUGAAAUACUAUUUGUAGAUGGACUGGGCUGAGUACAGUUGAAGAAAACCCAAAAUAUAAUGAUCAAAAAGAAAUGGACUACAAUAGUCAAUCUAUUUCAAAAGUAUACACAGAACAGAGAACUACUAGAUCCAGCGUGGGCUCUCCACUGGAGAAGAGAAAUUGGGGUACGGCCCAUAAAUUUAGGGAAGUGGUUCUGAGGAAAGCAAUCUUCUCUGAUCCAUGGGCAGCAGGUGCUACCUCCAAGUUACCCAAGGCAAGUGAUGAUGUCAACCCACCUGAAGGAUCCUUACCCUCAUUUUUCUGCAAGACCUAAUAUGUUUGUUACUCUGAUGUGUGAUCAUUACUUAUCAGAAUGUUUGAUUAGUCAGAAUACCACUUCACCCCUCACCCCUUAACCAUGGCAUCUAAGCGUUAAGUGCAUAUAGCACAGGACUUGGAGAAAAGAGAAAAGGGUAUCUAAGGUUGAAUCCUUCUUCAGAUAUGCUUUAACUGGAUUACCCUGGAAAAUCACUUAAAGUAACUGUGCUUCAGAAAAAAUUAAUAUAAUAGUACCAACCUCAUAAGGUUGUUGUGAAGAAUAAAUGAGUAAACAUAUGCUAAGUACUUUGCAGACCUCUUAAGGUCUGCACUAAAUAAAUGCUAGUUAUUACUA